AUGAGGCGGAUUCUGCUGGGGUGCUUAGUGGCCUGCUUCUUUGAGAAGUGGGUGUGUUUGUGCAGGAAGAUAAACGACCUGAUCAGCUUGGGACAUGUAAAUGUCUGUACGAUAGAUAUGAGGAUAUCGGAUGCCCAAGAGUGCGUCUUGGAGAAUAAGUUCGGGAAGGCAUUUUUAUUUGUGUGUUACUCAGGUGAAUACUUGGAUAUGAGAUCAGAAAUAAUUCCAGCAAGUUGUGCCCAUAGGACAUUCAUAAAUUUAAGUGAUCCCACUGAAUUCUCCGCAGAUAAUGAUACCUACGAAUUGUUUCAAAAUUUAAUAGGUACUAACAACUCUAAUUUGAAUGGGAACUUUUUAUUUUUUGGAACCCCCUAUUCGAAUAAAGACAUAGAUCUGAGUUGCUUAUGUUACGGAGAAGGAAAGGAAAAAGUUAAACAUGUGAUGAAAUUGGUAUUUAAAAAAACGAAAAAAAAAAUAAAAGGUUGUGAUUUUGGUUAUAAUAUUUUGUCAAGAAGAGAUUUAACAAAUAACAUUGAGUUGAAUAGAAAUGCUCCUUGUGUGAUUCAUGCCUACCCAGGGGAUGUGAUAGGUAUUAACUGUUACAAGAAGGAGCGUAACCAUUCAUAUAAUGAAAAGUUGGAGCUAGUGCCCAACAAUUGCUUCCAUAGUGUUCAAUAUGGAAAUGACAUUAUUUUGUCUACUAACAAUUUGAUUCCAAAUUCGAGAGUCAUUCCAGAUUCAACAACAGAUGUGAAUUUGUCUCCAAUGCAUUCCUACAUGUCUUAUAUGAUACUACCGAAGGAUAUGACCAUGACAGGUAAAAUCAGCUGUCAGUGUAAACGCGGGGGAUUUGUGGGGUCCAUGUUCAUUUAUUUGAAGACUGCAAAUAAUUUGCUAUAUGACUCCAAUGGGAUCGAUAGAAUUAUCGAAAAGGAAAAUGUCCAAGAGAAUUCAGAUGAAGGAUGGAGAGGACGUAUAAGAAAGGAGGCAGAGUCUAACCAGGGGAAAAGAGAAAGUGAAAUCAAAACAGAUGUGAAGGAAAAUAACGAAAGGGAGCAAGAUAUUCAUAACCAUUAUAAUAAUAUAAACAGCAUCUAUUACAACUCUGGGAUUAUCCACCCUAGUAGGAGAUAUGACUAUCGAGAACAAAGUCAGAGUGGCCACCGAAACGAGGGAAAAGAAUCCAGUGUAGAUGAACCCAUCAGUGAAAGUAACACUUACAGCUAUAGUAAUGAUAAAAAUUUUAGCCGUGAAAGUUUUGGAAACAAAGUACCCAAUGAAAAUAAUUACGAUGCUUAUUACAUGGGCAUUGGUGAAGGAUUCAGUAGGGGCCCACAACGAAGAAAGAAGAGGACAUUUUGGGAAAACCUAUUUGGGUUGUCUUCUUCUUCCCAGUUUUCCUCUUUUAAUGCGUUCAUACUUUCCUUUUUGGGGUUCAUCUACGCUGGUUAUUCGCCCCUGUAG